AUGCUGAUCGCCGGGUCGGCGUCCAAACGCUUUGAGAAAGUUUUCAUCUCGUAUUUCUCGCUUUUGUGUCGAGAAAUGUUUUUGCGCAGCUUCUUCACGCGAAUUUUCGUGCUUGAGGAGCUGCUCAAGCACAUCCGAGACCUCAUUUUUCGGGCUAAAGAGGACCCGCAUCACCUUGUCACGAUCCGAGGGAAACUCAACCAGGCUACGAACGACCUUAUCCUUUUUACCGACACAUUGGGAUACCUUCUCGAGUCGCUGGAAUUCGUCAAGAUUCCCCAAAAAUCGGCCAACGCGAGUGAAGAAGAAGAGUCGAUCUUCAGCUACUUGGAUCUGAAGAAACAGCACCACGAUAUCUUACUGCGUGCUCGGGAUUUAGAGAAACUUGUGCACGGUGCCAAGUACGAGAUUGUCAACUUGCGACAGAUGGCAGAAGUGCUCAACACGUCGGAACUCGAAGAUAUCUUCAAGACUGUCGAGGGCAACACUAAAGCUCUAGCGGACUCGUCUUUGACAGUGGAGCAGUGUGGCUCCUCGCUCGAGCUGGUGCAAGUUCUGCUGGCUGGCAGCUUUGCCUUCACGCUCCUGGACAGGAUUCCAGGAGGUAGUUUGAAUGUGGAUAUGCCUGCGUGGGUGGAAACGGCGUUCGCGAAGACUAUCAUUGAGAUUCCUCUGCUCUUCUUCGUGCUCAACAUUAUCUGGAUGGCUGGUUGUGUCUACGCUUUGAUCAGGUUCAAGAAGAGGAAGAGCCACGAGGUUGAGUUCGGAAGACGGACGCUGCGUCUCAAGGUGAACAAAGCCAUCGAUAUUGAGAAGUUCGAGAUCUUCCUCGGCACUCGUGUACUAGACAAGCAAGAGAGUGUCUCUCAACUUGCAUCGGAAGUCCGUCGUGUGGUGUGGAAAGAUCUGGGGCUGCAAGCCUGCAACGACGAGCGUGCUCACCCACGUAGAAAGAUAGCGUACGCUAAAGAAGCAGCGAAUGUCACGGCGUUGACGGGCAAUGUGUCGCCUCUGAGCGCUGGAGCGGCGGUGGGUCUGCUGGAGCCUGGGAUCCCCGUGGAAGUGGAAGUGGAGUAUGACAGUCGCUACGGCUUUCUGCUCUUCGUCACGUUCAACUUCCAUAUCCGAGAGAAGGAAAUCCCGUUGUCACGACGACUUCGGGAGUAUGUAGCUCAAGUGAAAGAACGGAUUCGACUGGGAGGAAGAACAGCACCGAAGCCAAAACGAAUGCCGGAUGACGGUGCCUGUCCUCGGAAUGAGACGCUGAUCAUGGAACAAGAGCUGAUGAGCUGGUUUGCUAUGGAGAUGAAGCAACACGGCGUCAUCAAGAGUGUCGACAUGUUUCUGACUGCACUUUGA